CGGCUCACGCCGCAGCGCCCACCGCCGCACACCACUGCCACCUCCGCCGCUGACCGCCAACACGACGCCGCCCGCCACGCCAGGUAAGAAGAAACCGCGUAAACCACUUCCAGAACAGCGUGGGUUGUUGAUUCGGUUGGAAGUGAUCGCUGUCGAAGACCGACUGGCCUGGCCGCUCUUCAUAAUAUGUAGCCGUCACGCCGAUGGCAUUUGUCAGUGAGAUGUCUGCGGCGUCGGCGUCGCCCCCGGCGCUGGCCCCCGGAGCGGGGCGGCGUCGCAAGAGCUGCGCAGCCCGCGAGGGCGACGCGUCGCCCGCCGGCAAGCGCGCCCGCCACUUCCGGCCGUGGCGCGCCACGCCGCACCACGCCUCCGAGCCCGCUGCCGCAGCCUCCGCCGCCCCCGCCGCCCACGAGCACGACCGGCUGCCGCCGUCGCCACCCCCCACCUCCGGCGAAAGCCGCCUGUCGUCGCCGCCGCCGCGCUGCGACCUCACGCCGCCCACGUCCAGCGCGUCGCCCACGCCGCCGCCGCCCCCCGCCAAGCCUGACUCGCCCGCCCACUGCUCCAGGCUGGGGGCCGCACAGACGCCUCCGCCGGCCGCCCUCGCUUCCUUGCAGGACGCCGACUCCCGCCAUCAGAUCACGCCGCCCACGGCGCCGCCCAUCCUGCUCAGGCUACCUCACACGCUGACACCUCCCGACGGCGCGGACGGCCCGUCGCUGAGGCAUUCACCGCCGCCUUUGCCGCCUCCGCCCACGCUGGCGCCGCCCCCGCAGCUGCUGCUGAGAGUGCCGCCCACGCACCCGUACACGGCGCUGGAGCUGCGGCCGGCGCCGCCACUGCCGCUGCCGCCGCUGGGCGCCGCCCCGCCGCCCCCGCAGCCGCGGUUCGCGCCGCCCAGUCCCGGCCCGUCUGCCGCCGCCGGCCGGGCGCCCGACCCGCUGCAGAGCGAGCCGCUGUCGCUGGUGCUGCGCCACCAGGCGGAGCCGCCGCCCCCGCGCGACUCGGCGCCGCCCCCACCCACGCUAGACCCGGCGCCCCAGCCCUCGCAGCAGCAGCAGCAGCAGCAGCAGGCACCGCGCAACUACAAGAACAUGACGCGCGAGCGGCGCAUCGAGGCGAACGCCCGCGAGCGCACGCGCGUGCACACGAUCAGCGCGGCGUUCGACACGCUGCGGCGCGCCGUGCCGUCGUACGCGCAUGCGCAGAAGCUGAGCAAGCUGUCGGUGCUGCGCAUCGCGUCCGCCUACAUCGCGACGCUGGCGCGCCUCGCCGGCUACGACUACAGCCGCGACGGCAGCCGGCCCGGCCUGGCCGAGUGCGUGGACCAGGUGUCUCGCACCAUCCAGACCGAGGGUCGCCUGCGCCGCAAGAAGGACGACUGACGCCGGCCGCCCCCGCCCCCCACCUCUAGUCACGACGCUGCUGCGGCGCACCCCUCCGGCGAGCGUACGCCCUAGCCGCCGGACCUCUCAAAGCUGGGGAGUACCAGUUCCUAGGCGGCAACUCCCACCCUGCAAUACCUUCCUUCACACCUGCUGCACAACCGUUCCUUAACAAAAAAAACGAGUCGAACCGUCUCUUCUGGGUUGUGAAUUCGCCAGAGAAGCUGGCUCGCCAGAAAGCAAUCGUCGUCAACCUACUACUUAAGGGAACACCUUGAGGUAACGGUCGCAUCACGAGAAGUGCUUUCACAAAUGCUGUAGGACCAUUUGGCAAUAAUACUGCGGUACCAGUACGUGCCUCAAGAGGAGACGUCUAAUUACUGGCCUGACAGUGCUCAGCGUGCAGUACUUUAGCUCCACAUAGAAAUAUGUGACAAGCUCGGCAGCAGUCGACAUAUGAAAAAUAGCGACAACAGUACAGAAAGGAGAGGACCAGGGUCUAUCAAGAUGGUCAUGAAAUGCUUGAGAGGCAAUGUCAGUUGCCACAACAGACGCCAUCGCACAAGAAACUUUUCUGCAGCCUCGCAGACAACAUCUGAUUAGGCCACAUCAAAGUUUAUAACUGAAUUUCAUGUAUGUACAGCUUGUAAGAAACUGUCUUCAUCGUUCAUCAUCUAGUAAUGGGAUGCACCAGGUGUAUUCGUAAUUUUCUGAUGAAAACUUCAGAUCUUCUUCUAGUCAUAAUUCUACGAUAGAACACCUCAAUUUUUCCCCAGACAGUGAUACCAGAUAUGGACGUUUAUGACGACGCAGCUUGUUUACAGAAUUGAUUACAGCCUGUUGGGACCCAAACAGCGCAGUCUCUGCUCUCUACAACUCAGUUAAUCUGCAUAUUCUCAUUACGACAGGCUGUGCAACAGUAGUCCACUGGUGACGUCAGCCUUACUGUUGAAGACCUUAGUGACAAGUUCACGCCUCGCAAGAAAAUACUAUACAUUUAACUUCGUAACGGACAGGUGUCCUCAAAUGAAGACAAUUGGAGGCAGUUAAGAAUAUGGAUACAUUUUCUGAUUGUCUGAUCGCAAACGACGUGAAUACUGAAUUACGCAUAUGAAGACUUGGGUCAGUCCACAAGAUCAGCACUGAUCAACUCGUGCACUUGUUCUUCUGGAGUCCUGACUGCCUCAGACGGCGUCGUCCUAUCUUACAACCAACUUUCCGGUGAAGACUAAUACUUUAUAAAGUUAUUUCGAAAUAAAAAAAAGGGAUAUGUGCGUUGAAGAGAGAGCAAUAUUCCCACGUUACAGAUUUUAUUCCAAAUAAUAACAGACGUCUCCAUAGAUACAACAUAUGAAGCGUAACAUAUCUUAAGAGAAAAGAUGCCAGAUAGUGAAUCACACGAAGUGGUCUGCAACAGUAGAAAUGUGUGAAACAUGUAGAUCUAAGAA